ACCUUUCCUUUCCCGCUCCGUAUAGAUGUCGCUAGGAGGGAAUUAGUUCUAGUGUGAGUGUGACACCAAACCAAUCUAGGGAGUAUGACGGCUAAGACCGUGUGAUAUUUAUUUUCUAGUACUGGGAUGAAAAAGAUCGCUCCAACUUAGGUGGUGGUUUAACUUACCCUCACCUCAAAAAUUACCUUUGGAUGCAUUGAGCCAAUAAACGUUGAAAGUGAGGGACAAUUGGGCAAGUUGGUGCUUUAGGUGAGCACAUAAACCUACUAAUAUGCCAAAAUGCUAUGGAGCAUACACUCCAAACAUAACUUAGAAAGCAUCUUGGUUCCUUUUUGGAGCAGCGUACAUGAUAAGUCCGUAAGAAAGCUUUUGGAGGUACUGCUCACAUCCAGUUCAUGCUAUGCUAUCCGUGUGCUACUUUUAGAUUGUGGAAAGUGACUCCGCGAUGCUAUAUAGGGAUUGCUGGGUGCUGACAACGUGGUCACGCACAAUCCGUAGAGCAUAGAUAACCUUGAUACGUGGAAGCAGAUGCAUGCGUGCGUGAAGAUAUCAAAACCCACUGUUGGCGUUUUCCGUUUUCAAAUAACAUCAGACUGGAGACUCAAAAUGCAGUAGCAGACGUUAUAAUUUGAGAAGUAUUUACCAGGAAAGACAAGCUUUAGAGGUCGAAAUGCUAACAAAGUUAAUAGCUUUGACUUGAUGCUUACAUCUGCACCCCGCCCGUUUUUAUGCACGAUACAAAAGGGUCAAAUUAGUAAUCUUUGUUUUGUUCAAUUGAAGUUUUGUGUAUAUCAACAUGAUGAACGUGAUAACAUAAGUAUCUCGAGAAAAUUUUGUUGUUCAUUAGAGCAGCCAUAUUUUCUAUUCUUUUUCCACAUAGGAAAUGACAUACUACUCAUGUAUGAGGAAUAGAUUUGGAAUGGAAGAUGUUGCCAUAAGAAUGCCCACCGGAGAGAUGCCAGUAUAGGGAUGAACGGUGGGGCCACACCUUGGGAUCUUUUGUAAAUUUAAGCACCAUUCAGGGAAGGUGCUGACUGCAUAGCUUGCAUGUAGACAGUAUUUGCAUUUCAUUCAUCUGUGGCCUUGGCAACUGCCCAUUCAGAAUUUGCUUUUGCCGAUAUUGAUUCCCUGUAUAGGCUUUCUGUUUAUUUCGAAUUUCUGAUCCAUGCCAUAUUCUCUUAUCAAAUUGCGACUGGGGUGACGAGCAAUCAUCGGACCAAUCAUUGAAUGAAUCUCUUUUACCCCUUUUGCAAAAGGCUGUUGGUUUUGCCAUGUGGUCCAGUGCGCUGAGGGAACCUUGGUUUGUGACAAUUGGAUCAAGCUGUUUGGGUCUGUUUCUUUGUCCUACUUUUCUUUGGCUGAGGCUCAAAGCAUUUCGGGGGCCUAUUCUAAUUCUCCAUUUGUUCUACCAGAUUUUAUCACCACACUGUGUUUGAACUUUGAAGGGCACAAAAAGAUAUCUUGUUCUAUCUUUCCUCCUUUGUCUGAUUACAUUCUGCCGUGCAAUUUGUCACUAAAGAAUUUCUUGCGUAAUCUUAGGAUAGCUUUUCAUUAAAAGCACACAGUAGCAUUCUUUUACCUGCAAAGCAGCUAAACGGUAUCAGUGUAAGAUAAAUGUAGUGUUGUGAAGUAAUCUGACUUCAGUGUUAGCUGGUUUGAACUUUAUUAAACGGAGUCUACUGUAUAUGUGAAUUGAAUGACAGUUUGAUGAUGAUUCGUGAUUGGCACAGAAUGGGAACUCUCCACUGAGUGCCUCUGGUGUGUGCUUUUCAUGCUUGUGCUGAACCUUUUAAAUACCUGCAAGGAGUUAGGAAAAGCUGCCAUCUACAUAAUUCUCUAAGUCUGUGUAGGCUGGUCGAAAUGAAACCUUAAACUGUUCUUCUUUUGUAUUUCGAAUUAAUGUAGUGGACUUCAGCUUAACUAAAUUGCAGGAUCGCCCCAUGUUUAUUUAAAAAAAUGCUGCCAUCUACAGACUUUUCUGACUCUGUGGUAGGCUGGUAGCAGAUAAAGCUUAAAUUGUUGAUCUGUUGUGAUUUUUUUAUUACUUAUGGGGACUUAAGCUUAACAAAAUCAUAGGAUUACCCCAUGUUUGAUUAUUUUACAACUGGAUCUUCUUUUCUCAUCCGAUAGUAAUGCCUGAGACUUCCUCACUUGUUGGCAUAGUGUAUGCCUCUGUGUUAUGAGCAAUCGAACAUGAGAAGAUUUAGCAGUAGACUCUGUAUUAGGUCUGAACUCCACUCUGCACUCAAAUGUGUUUACUUUAUGUAGACGUGUAGUAAUACAGUAUCAUAUCAUGCUUUAUGUACACCUGCAGAAGGCCAGAAAAUCAUAUUCCUGUUCAAUAAACAAUGUCAGAUAGUUUUUUUUAUAUCUUCUUGGAUGUGAUAUUUGCUAGGAAAAUAGUCCUAAUACCAUGAAACAGGUUAACUCUUUCUGUUUGGGGCUUUGAGCUGUGUUUCAGUAAUAAACUAAUUUUGACUCUUGAUAAUUCCUAAAAUAAGAUCCCUCAAUGAUUUCGUUGCACUUAUUGUUCACCAACAUAUAUCUUAUAAAGAGAUACAGGCUACAAGAGUCCUCAUCUCUUCAAGUUACUUUCCAAAAUGCAGAUAUCUUGUGCACACCGUGGCAAUCAAAUCAAUUGCGCAUGCAAGAUGCUAACCUUCGCUAUCCAGAAAUUGGAAUAUCUGAAGUUUCACUUACGUUUGGUGGAAAAAUAGGGUAUCUAGAUGAACAAUUUUGUCAGGUGGAAGACUUGCAGGAUGAAGCUAGUCCUAAUUUUGCGGAAGAGGUCGUUACUUUGUUUUUCAAGGACUCAGCCAGGCUAAUGUCAAACAUUGAGCUAGCUCUGGAGAAAUACCCCAAAGAUUUCAACAGGUGGGACGCAUACAUGCAGCAGUUAAAAGGCAGCUGUUCCAGCAUUGGUGCUUCAAGGAUGAAGUGUGAGUUUAUGUCAUUCAGGGAUUACUGUGGACAAGGAAACGUUGAAGGUUGCAUGAGAUCGUUCCAGAAAGUGAAGAGGGAGCAUACUGUCCUGAGGCAAAAACUAGAAACAUAUUUCCAGCUUCUACGACAAGCUGGUCCUGCAGGAGCUGCCACUAGGCCUGUUAUGUGAGAACCGGGCUUCGAUAUUCUACUAGGUGCAAGUAAAAUGAACUAUGGCGCAAGAACAUAGUCUGGACAUAGGUUUCCAGCUACCGCAACUAGCUGGUCGUGCUGCACAGCGGCUAGGGGCGAGCAGCAUAUGAUGCGAAACGAGAAGAGGUUUACUAUUAGAUGCUGUGUCGUAACUUAUAACUGCAAGUAAAUACAAGCUUGAAACAUGAGAUUAUGUCCUCAUGUCUAACACAGUAGUAACAUGUAACGAUGGGAUAAGAUUACAGGAGCAUAUUGCUCUCUCUGAAGCUUUCGCCUGCUCCUGCGUGUUUUUGUUGCGUCCA